AUGCGAGAUAGCCCGAUCGAGGAAGAAACCUCUGAUCCCAGCGAGGAGUUGCUCUUGGGCGGGGCAAAGAAACUGGUCGUUCUUCCUGGUGCAUCAUCACAUGCUGCAUCAUUCCAGAUUGAAAAAGAAGACCAUACGCUCGGGAAUGCGCUACGGUACUUUGUCAACAAGAACGCUGACGUUGAAUUCUGCGGAUAUACCAUCCCGCAUCCUUCGGAGACCAAGAUGAACAUCCGGAUCCAAACCUGGGAAGACACCAAAACGACUGCAGUGGAUGCUCUCAGGAAAGGCCUGGAAGAUAUGAUGGAAGCUUGUGGUGUUAUUUCAGAAAAGUUCACUGAGGCACGAGACGAGUUUGAUGCUAGACAAUCAUGA